AUGCCUCUGCACACACACGAUGUAUCAGGGAGACAGAAACACGCAGCUUAUCACACGGAGCAGACCGCGGGCGUCCCACUGGCCCCCGACGCGCCCCACUGGCCCCCGACGCGCCCCACUGGCCCCCGACGCGUCCCUGAAGGGGUGACGGACAGCUGGGGGUCACCGGCACAGGGUUCUCUUUGCGUCGGUGAAGCCCCCUCUCCCACCGUCAGUAAUGCGGACCCCGCUGAUCUUAUGGAGAGCAGAAUCCGGACGUUCUGGAUCAUUAUCGGCGUCUUCGUCUCGCGAGUUCUAAUCAAGGCGGCUGCAGAGAUGUGUCCCGCGGCAGAAAUCUGGGCCAGUCCCGGCACGGCGGUGCCUCUCGGGGGCUCCGUCACUGUCACCUGCAGACUGCGAACGAGCGACGCCGGCCACCCGAGGAAGUGUCUGAACAUCACCAAGCACCACGGGGGUCUCGACGUCCUGAUGCUGGCGGUCUGCGACAGCGACUCCAUCAGCGUGCGCGACCCCCACCUGUCCCCAAACCGCACGCUUUAUAAAUGCAACAGCGCGUCCAACACCGUGUGCAACACCGCGUGCAAACUGCUCUGCGGAAUAUACGUCGAUGCCGGGGUGUCCCCAGAUCGGCCCAGAAUACUGGAUUGUGAGGAGGAGUCGGGGACGGCGCUCUGCUCUUGGGAGGCUGGGAGAGAAACCUUCAUCCCCACGAGUUACACGCUACAGCUGAGUAUUAUUAUUAUUACUACGCAUUGCUUUAUAGCGCCGACAUAUUCCGCAGCGCCGGUUUGUGACGGGACGUCCGCUCUCCCGGUCACUGCGUCGGGGAAACAAUACGAUAAACGCGGGAUCCGGUACGCGACGUUCCCAUUGGUCGUGCGCCGGGGGGAGGAGUUUACGGUUACGGUGACGGCUUCCAAUGACCUCGGCAGUAAUUCCUCGCGGCCGCGCACGUUCUCGUACUACGAUGCAGUGAAACCGAGACCCCCGCAAGACGUAUUAAUCCGAUUCGCUAACGAUUCCAGCGACUGCAACGUGACGCUCCUGGACCCACAGGAUUCCGCCCUGUUCCGGCUGAGAUAUCGGCCCGUUAAUGAGUCGUCCUGGACACGGGUUGAGAUCGUGGGAACCAAAACCCAUCGCCUGCUCGAUCUGAUGCCGUUCACGAGAUACGAGUUUGGGGCUUCUUGUAAAUUUCUGCUGGAUAAAGGGAGAUGGAGUAACUGGAGCGCUUCGGUGACAGCGCGGACUCCGGAGCGAGCGCCGGCAGGAAGGCUCGACGUCUGGCACAGAAUACAGAAUUUUGGCGAUAAUACGCGGAAUAUUGAGAUGUUCUGGAAGAAUCUGAGCGCGUCGGAGGCGCGGGGGCUGAUCACACAUUACGAAGUUUUGUUUUACGAAGAAGAUCCCGAGAUCCCGGCUUCCAGAAUCACGACAGCAGAGACGUGGCUCACCGCGGGCAUCGGCAAGUCAACGCGGGUCAUAUCCGUGACGGCCCUCAACUCAAAAGGAAGCUCGCCCCCCGUGUACGUCAGAGUAACGGAUCCGGACACAUCAGGUCUCUCAUCCCCCGUCGGAGUGGCUGCCGUGAAGGGUCCGGGGGAGGGUCUCACGGUGACGUGGAAUGAGCCCCCGGAGAGCGAAAUGUUUGCUGUGGAUUAUAUCGUCGAAUGGGAAGAACGAGGCGGAAAACAUCGCAGUCGCACAAACUGGAUGAAAGCGCCCAAAUUUCACAGAUCUGUUACAAUCUCGGGGACCCUCCAGCCUCACGUGUGCUAUGAGCUCCGCGUGUCCCCGCUCCGGAACGGAAGAGCCGGAAUCCCCGCCAAGACUUCGGGUUCCAUCAAAGAGAGAGCUCCGCUCACCGGUCCGGAAUUUCUUUACAAAGUUCUGGAUGGAAACCGUUUGUUGGUUUCGUGGAAGGAGAUCCCCCCGAAAAAACAAAUGGGGUGCAUCGUCAGAUACGGCAUCUACGUUCAGGACGCGUCCUCGAAGGUCACGCAACACGUUACAGUUCUCGCCGGUGAAUCUGUGACGUUCCGGCAGGAGAUCCGUGAGAUUCGCCCGGACGUUCAGUAUUUGGUGUGGAUGACGAGUUCCACGAACGCCGGGGAAAGUCCUAAAACUUUUGUGCAGCAAAUAUAUUUCCGUUUGGAAGGGUCUUUUAGGGGUUCCGUGGCCCUCGCGGUGGGUAUAAGCGUGGCGUGCGCUCUAUUCGUGGCCUGCGUUUGUGGCAUCUCGUCCAGAAUACAGAAGCUGCUCGGCUCUCUCUCCCGUCUCCUUCCUUAUUGGAACAAAAAGGCCGUCCCUGACCCCGCGAACUGCGCUUGGGCGAAAGAGCUGACGCUUCACAAGGAUGAAACGGGCUUCCCCUGUAAUUCCUUAUCAGAGACCUACAAUUAUGACGACACCGAAACCCUGGAAAUCAAAGAGCUGGACAGCGAGGAUCAAUCCCUUUGUUCCUCCCCAUUCAGCGCAGAGACGUACAGCGCGUUCUCAGACGUGGCCAACGCCGCGCGCCACGCGGACAAAGAGGCCCUAACGUGUCCGGUGCAUGCGGUACAUCCACACGACGGGGGUCUAUACAAGUCCCUGGGAUGCCAGCCGGAGACCCCGGCGCCGGCGUCCGAUUACCUGAUCAGCCAGGAUAUCACCGUAGACUAUUUACCAACAAACAUGUCGGCCGACAGCGAGGAGAGCGAAGAAUCCACGGAAGACGAGCGAAUUCCCACCCGAUAUUUUGUGCAGACGGAGUUCGUGGCCGGAGGGAAGCUGCGCCUGGACACGGUGAAGAUAGAUUUCCAGAUAUUUGCACAAUAACAUCGAAACAGAACCCGCCGGCAGAACGGCCCCCAUCCGGCCCCCGUCUAGUCGCCCGUUUCUCCUGCUGUAAAGACUCAAACCUUAAUCAGUCGUUGGUCUCGUCUUAGAUUCAGGAGCCGUAUGUCUAUCCUAUGCAUGUUUAAUACCCUCACUGUAUUACCCUCUACCACUUCUGCUGGGAGGCUGUACCACUUAUCUACCACCCUCUCAGUAAAGUAAAGCUUCCUUCCGUCCCAUCUCAGUCUCUGACCCUCUAGUGUUAGAUUCGGGUCUCUUGUUUGUAACGUUUCUCUUCCUUUGUAAUAAAUUCCCCUCUUGUACUUUGUUAAAAGCCCCUUUAAGUGUUUCAAUGUUUCUUCAAGAGAUUUAACAAAGUGCA